AUGUUGCAGGAGAAUAAAGGCUUCUCUAUCUGCACCUUCAGAUUCUCCCCCAACAGCAGCAACCCCAUCAUUGUCUCCUGUGGCUGGGACAAGCUCGUGAAGGUGUGGAACUUGGCUAACUGCAAGCUGAAGACCAACCACAUUGGGCACACUGGCUACUUGAACACAGUGACAGUCUCACCCGACGGCUCCCUGUGUGCUUCAGGUGGCAAGGACGGCCAGGCUAUGCUGUGGGACUUGAACGAAGGCAAGCACCAGUACACCCUGGAUGGUGGAGACAUCAUCAACGCCUUAUGCUUCAGCCCCAACCGCUACCGGCUGUGUGCAGCCACUGGACCCAGCAUCAAGAGUACCACUGUACAGGAUAAUCCUUGCAUUGCCACCUCCAGAAAUCAAGGCCUGCAAACGUGCAAUUUCCCCCCUUCUGGCCCCAGUGCUGCACAGUGA